AUGGAAGACGCUGGAUCUCGGGAGAUGGGAAUGAAUAACCAGGACCAGCUGGUGAACAGCAAGUGCAACGAAUUGUCUGAUACAGCGUUGCAGCCUGCGCAGCCCAACUGCUAUGGCCUGGAAAACACGGGCACGUUGGAAGAAGCUGAGUAUAUCACGAAGAACCCGGGGUCCACAUGCUGCUCUCGGGAGUCUCGUGAGGAGACUCCUGGGAGAGAAGAAGCCCGUACUGAUCCACCUGAUGGUCAACAAGAUCCAGAGAGUGAAAAACACAAAGAGAAAACUUUGGGAAAAGAAGUGCUAUUGUUAAUGCAAGCCUUGAAUACACUUUCUACUCCAGAGGAAAAGCUGGCAGCUUUGUGCAAGAAGUACGCUGAUCUGUUGGAGGAGAGCCGGAAUGUCCAAAAGCAGAUGAAGAUACUGCAGAAGAAGCAAGCACAGGUCGUGAAGGAGAAAGUCCACUUGCAGAGUGAGCACAGCAAGGCCAUUUUGGCACGUAGCAAACUGGAAUCUCUCUGUCGGGAGCUUCAGCGUCAUAACAAGACUUUGAAGGAAGAAAACAUGCAGCAAGCGCGUGAAGAAGAAGAAAGACGUAAAGAAGCAACUGCACACUUCCAGAUUACACUGAAUGAAAUUCAGGCUCAACUGGAACAGCAUGGUAUACAUAAUGCCAAGCUCCGUCAGGAAAAUAUUGAACUGGGAGAAAAACUGAAGAAACUCAUUGAGCAGUAUGCAUUGCGAGAAGAGCAUAUUGAUAAAGUGUUCAAACAUAAAGAACUGCAGCAGCAACUUGUGGAUGCCAAACUUCAGCAAACUACCCAACUUAUUAAAGAAGCAGAGGAAAAACAUCAGCGAGAAAGGGAGUUUCUGCUAAAAGAAGCUACUGAGUCCAGGCACAAAUGUGAACAGAUGAAGCAACAGGAAGCUCAGCUGAAGCAGCAGCUUUCUCUUUACAUGGAUAAGUUUGAAGAAUUCCAGACCACCAUGGCAAAAAGUAAUGAACUCUUUACAACCUUCAGGCAAGAAAUGGAGAAGAUGACGAAGAAGAUUAAGAAACUGGAAAAGGAAACCAUAGUGUGGCGUACAAAAUGGGAAAACAACAACAAGGCUCUUCUGCAAAUGGCUGAAGAGAAAACAGUAAGAGAUAAAGAAUACAAGGGCUUUCAAAUAAAACUGGAGCGUUUGGAGAAGCUAUGCAGGGCCCUUCAGACAGAAAGGAACGAGCUGAAUGAGAAGGUGGAAGUCCUUAAGGAGCAGGUUUCUCUCAGAGAAGCAGACGUGGAUCUAGCUGUGCAGGUGUUGCAGUCCUGCACGCUCAAUUCCCAUGAGGAGCUGGGAACUCCCACUGACACGGAACCAGGAAUCCAACCUGAUACGGAAUCACAUGUGGCAAAUAGUUCCGAAAAGACUGUCUCAACAAGUCCUGUUCCUGGCACUGAAUCUGUAGACUAAAAUGAAGUGUAAACACUGUAUUGAGAGAUAUAUUUUGUGUAUAACUUUCUCUGUUGGUGGUAACUAUUUGGUUUUGUGGUGAAAAUUUUCUUACUUUUUCUACCAUAUCUGUAUUUUCUUAGAACUACUGGACUAUGUGGUACAGGAAGCUGCAUAGCAGCUUUAAAUAGCUUAAACUAUAAAUUUUCCACAACUGUGU